GUUUUGGCGGGUUGAUCCCUUUCAUCACUUUAUUUGUUAAAUGCCAUCUAUAGGUCUAGAAUUAAUUUAUCCACCUAAUUGUAAGCCCAUAAAUGAUGAUUUGUCGAAAGAAGAAUUAAGAAGACGCCUGACUGAGCUAUGUAACGCACUAGACAAUGUUAUAGAGGAAGAAGGAAAGUCAACUGAAACUUCACUGGAUGGAGACAGAUUAUCGCUUUCACAGGACCAUACAAAAUAUAAGGGACUAUUUCUUCUGCUUGGAUCACCAGAGUUCCUGAAAAAUGCAGAUAGAGAUAUUCAAUUACGAGUCGGUGUAUGUAUUUGCAAGCUACUUAAAAUAUUCUGUCCAUGCAACCCUCUUUCUGGUUUAUCGGAUGAAAAAGUCCUCACAAAGGAAAUCCUGUAUUUCUUAAUUGAUUGUAUUGGAUUACUUUCAAAUGUGAAGACGAAAACCGAUGCUGUAUAUAUUAAACUUCAUACAAUGAUUUAUGUACGUUGCAAAAUCUCAUAACGUCCAAACUUAGAUCUGUGCUCAAAUUGAUGUCUUCAUGUGGUGUUCGUUUUUGGAAGAUGAAUCUGUCCUAUUUGGCUUUGUCAAAAUGGUUUUUGCUAUUGUUAAGUAUGAUUCAUUUUACGAAAUAAUAGUGGUAGAAACCUUGAUGUCUGGUCUUGGACUGAUAAUUCCAUCGUUCGCCAGAUGAUUUUAGAUAUGGCUGUUAAGGUUAUUAUCCAGUCUGAGAAAUUCCUGUCUUCUGACCUAGUCACUUUUAUACUUCAGUACCUAAUAGAACCUGCAAAAAGUACUCAACCGGCUCAGCAUACAUUCGCUCGAGACUUAAUAAUAAGGACUGCUGAUCAGCUAGAAUACCGUAUUCAAAUGGUAAGUUAAUUAUCUAGUAUUUUCUAGUGACAAGUUAUUACAAAACUCCCUAAUUGUGGGUAAAUGUAAUGGAACCCAAAUGAAAACUGAAGGUAAACCCAUCCGUCCUCCUGAAGAGGUUUUGGAAGACAGCAGCGUGGGAAUAUCUGAUGUGACUGAAUCUAAAGAUGAUCAGGGAAAUUCUGAUCUACUUGGAGAGCACGCAUUUCUCAUCAUAUACGCUCUGCACACGAUACAAAGCAGUAUAGUAGCUCCAGUCCUUCCGACUAUUGAGUUAAAGCUAAAGUCGCCUAUUGUACGUGAGCGUAAACGAUCUUUCAGAUUAUUAGCACGCUUGUUUUCUGAACCGAAUUCUUUACUUCACAGGAGAAAUCCAAGUCUUUGGGAUGCAUUCCUGGGGCGCUUCAAUGACAUUGAUAGUGAAGUCCGCAAGUUAUGUAUUCACAUGUUGCCUCAGCUUUUAAAACAAAACCAGGAUUUGCUUCAUGAACAGUUGCUGACAAAUUUUCAACAGCGUAUUUAUGAUCCCGAUGAAGAAGUCCGACUUUUAGCUUUAAAAACAAUGACUGGUCUUAUUAAACAAUCUGAAAGUGAAGUUAGCGAUGAUGCAUUUGAAUUGUUAAAGGAGCGUUCUCGAGACAAGACCCUGUCUAUUCGUAAAGAAGCUUCUUCCGCCUUAGCUUCGUUGUAUAAAGGUGGUUUGCAGUCGGGUUGGUUAUCUGCUACAAAGUCAGCUUCCGCUCUAAAUACAAUUUUGCACUUGUACUAUCAAAACUCAACUGAUGACAAGCUUAUCGUUGAACGGUUAUUAAAGAGUUCAAUCAUUCCGUACAAUUUUGAAAAUGCUGUCCGUGUGCAAGCCUUAUUCCGCUGUUACAGUUUGAUGGAUGAAGCUUCAAUCAAAGCUAUGCAGGAAAUUUUUAAGACCCAAUAUGUUGCCCUCAAACUUCUUCGUGAUGUUGUCAAGUUGUUAACUGACCACCGUAAUGCGAAAAUUCCUUCCGAAGUUAAUACUGAAAUAAUGGGUGUCAUACAGCAUCUUAGCAUUUUAAUACCGAAAUCAGAAAAGUCAGUUGAACAUCUGAAACGUUUCUUCAAUCAAGUUCAUACAGAUAAAACACUAUGGAAUCAUUUAGUUAAACUGACUAAGCCACAAACCGCUUGUGCUCAGGCAACAUCAGCGUUAAGAGAUAUAUUAAAAAAAAUAGGGACGGCAGCAGAAAAUCCCAAUAGUUUCAAUGAUAACCAAACAAACUACGCACGUGUUGUAAAGAUUUUACUGGAACGAUGUGCGCCUGUUCUUUUUGAUCGUAAUUUUGGCAUGGAAUUAGUCAAUCAGCUAUAUAUCAUCAAGAAAACUGGUUGCUUAUCUGGAACUGCUGGACGUAUGAAUGUGACACGUUCACUGCGUUUAUUACUUGCAGUGUCCGUUUAUUUUAAAGAGAUACUACCUUUAAAUAAGGUUAUGGAUUACCUACUCUGUAUUUUAUCUGAUGAAAACUCGUCAGUGCUUAAUGAUGAUAAUGAUGAAAAUGUAUCAUCGUCAGCUAAUUCAGAUUCUUACGACGAUUCGUAUACAUUACAAGAAAUGGCUUUAAGUAUCCUAUGUUGUGUACUUGGUGGGGGUCCAAGUGGAGCAUUUAGUAACAAUGACCUAACUGAGCCUCUUCAAAAUAUUGCUGACAAACAAAAUCUUAGUAUUUAUACUCAGUUAACUGAACGUUCAGAAGAAUUAUUACCAAUUUUACGUCGUUUUUGCUGUACAGGAAUUGUUCCCAUUUCUCUGGAAUCAUGUCAAAAUAGAGAAACUGCAGAAAAGUCUAUAAAAAAUAAUCGAAAAACAACAAAACAUGGAGUAAAAAUUCCUUCACCCAAGUUAAUAACAGAUACUGUUUCGAAUAGUGGUAUUGUUUGGCGUCGUGAACGUCGUCGUUCUAAGCUAUCAAUACGUAUUUUGUUUUGUCUAUGCAACGUUGUACGUCAUUUAUUAAAUUCAAAGAGUAAAUCUGAAACAAACAAUAUAGAUUUGGAUGAAGAAUCUACUAUAUCAGUGAAUGAUGAUUUAACUGAUGAACUGAAAAGAUUAUCUACUUUAAAAUCUAAAAUUAAUGAAAUUCUCAAUGAUAUUGUUCAGGUUUGUAUUUCAUGCCCUAUUUUAUCUAACGAUUACAUAUCCUGCCUCACUUCAUUAAGCCAUAUUGCUUUAUUAUUUCCUGAUGUAUACAACGAAGAUAUUAAAAAUUUCAUUACGAAAUCUUUGGUACAACAAGUAUUAACAUUUGAACCAGAUGAUCUGCCAAAUCAAGAACAAGAAAAAGACAAAACGCCAAUAAACAGUGUGACAUCAAAGAAUUUGUCUAAUCAAUCCAAAGCUGAAUGCAAUGCUCUUAGUUCUUGGUCACCUGAUAGUUUAAUCAGUAACUUAACUAGAGCAAAGAUUUCAGCUAUUAAACUAAUAACAAAUUGGUUAGUAGGUUUGAAAAAUGAAGUGAAACCUGUUGUUCAAGUUAUUAUUCGACUUUUUUAUCGUAUAAUCAUUCAUGAUGGCGAUUUAACAAAAGGUGGUAAAUUAUCAUACGGUGAAAUGUCAAGGCUGCGCUUAGUUGCCGCUACAUCUUGGUUAAAUCUUGCACGUUCUCAGGCUUAUGUUGAAUGUAUUGAAAUUGGCUGGUAUUUGUCAAUGAGCUAUAUACUUUGUGAUCCAUGCCCACAAGUGCGUUCGCACUUCCUAACUAAGCUCAAUCAGGGUUUAUAUAAACUGAGUCUUCCUCUUGAGUACAUGGCUAUUUUCGCACACUCUGCUAAUGUAUCAGAACCUGCAUUUAAACAACGUGCAAAACAACUUUUUAUUGCGAAUAUUCAACGUCGUCGAGCAUUUUUAAAUAAACACCCUUCGUAUUUUCGUGAUGCCAAGUUUUUAUUUGGUCUGUUACCUGAUUACGUAUUACCGUACGUGAUUUACUUACUCUCUCAUGAUUCCAAAUGGACAAAACUAGAUGAUGUAGAAAUACUUAAUAAAAUCAAAAGUGCUUUAUGGUUCAUAAUGGAGCCGAUUAUGUCUCAUGGUGAAAAUUUCAGUUUUUUACGAAAGAUUAUUGAAAAAAUUAAAUACGCACGAGAUGCCCUUCAUCCUGAUGAUACUUUGGUUAAUGAGAAACUGUAUACUGUAUGCGAUAUUUCUUUGGGUCUUUUAUUAUCACGUUGCAUUAAUCCGACAAUUAAAGAGUAUCCGGUGGAUGUCAAGCUACCUAAAACUCUUUUUACCUCUGCACCAAGUGAUUUUCGCAAUCCUGAUUUUAAGCAACUGAUAAAUAUCGGUUCAGAAAGUGAAGCACAAACAGGUACAAACAUUACAAAUCCACCUUUGGAAAUGUCCAUCAAAAAUAAGGUCCAACCAAUUUUACAGUUCACUCCCAACAAACACACAAAAGCAUUUAAAGAGGGAUUAAUUCCUCCUGAGCUUGUAAAACCCAAAGGUGCUAAUACUUCAAAGCCAAGGAAAAAGGCAGAAGAAACAGCCAGUCAUAAGAAAAAGGAGAAAAAUGAGGUGAAAUUUAAGACUAAAUCAAAUAAUAAUAUUGACGAGCUAUCAGGAUAUGGAAGCAAUGACGAUAAUGAGAACUCCCUGUCAGACAGCCGAGAUAAAAUAGAUCAACAACAGGAGAUUAUAUCCAUUUGUGUACCAUCUACCAGUAAUAACAUGUCCUCAGAAACUGAUCCUAAAGUUUGUGCUGAUAUUACAAAAACACAGGAAGUGAGACCGUCUACCCCUAACCGAGAAGCUGUUAAUAGGAAAAAGCGUCGAAAAACAACUCCACAAGAAAAUCUUAAACGCCCACGUAUUAGUAAAUUAUCAGACUCAAAUUCAAACAAAAAACAAUCCACACUUGAUUCUGUUGUAAAAGUUAAUGAAAUUUCCUCAAACAAGACCUUUUCCCAAAUAAAGAAUACAAGUCAACGAUUAUCUUCCGUCUUUCCGAGUAAGAAUGUAAACAUUAAGGUUAAGAAAAACCCACAACCCAAUAAUGCAAAGCAAAAUCAAUCUCGUCCUACUAAAAACUCUAGAAGGAAUAUUAAAACAUCUACAUCCAAAAAAAACGACCAGAACGUCUCAUUAAGACCAAGGAACUCAGUAAUUUCAGAAAAUUGCCAGAAGCCUACUAGAAAUCCAGGAAGAACCUCACAUUCUACAAACAAAAAGCUUGUGAGAAGGAAUGUAAGAAGCUCAUUGAGACUAAAAACCAAUAAACGUACAGAUCUUUCGGAUGCCCUGUCAAGACGCCCAUCCUCGAGAAUGAGUGCGGUAAUCGCCAGACAAAAGCUCCUAAUCCCAAUGUCUCAGUCUAGCUCAAACUCGACGUCUCAACUGACUCCAAAACGAAAGUGAUGAUACCUCUUGUGAGGCAGAGAUCCUGUUUUAAUUCUUUUGAAAUCACUUUCCGAGGAUAAUUUGUUUUAAUAUUUUGUUGAUCUGAUCUCGAGUUUUUGUAUUGAAUUAAUUUAUCUUUUUCAGUAACAUUUUAUUGCCUGAAUCCCAAGUACAUUUGCUAUUAACCACCACAUAAUAUUUCCUUGUAAAUUAUAUUUUUUCCUAAACGCAUUUAUCCACGAUUUUGUGCGUUUAAGAUAUGUGUGUGGACGUUUUAUUAUUAGCCCUCUUAUUCACCUUCCUGAAAUACACCUAUGUACGA